AUGCAUACGAGUGGUGAGCCCACAAGGAUUGUAUAUUCAGGCUAUCCAGAACUUCCCGGCAAGCUCCUCCAACAACGCGAGGAAGCCAUUGCCCACCACGACCACAUCCGUAGAGCCCUGAUAUGCGAGCCCAGAGGCCACCGUGAGAUGUACGGAGCAGUUCUGUGCCGGCGGACCGAGUUGACAGAAAGUGGCAAAGCUCACGUGGGAGUUUUGUUCCUUACCAACGACGGCUAUAGCACCAUGUGUGGACAUGCUACGCUCGCUCUGGCUCGCUUGAUUGUUGAUCAAGCUGGUAGCAGCGACAAGAAGUUGUUCGUCCUGGACCAGGGGAAGGACUUGAUCUAUGACCCGAAAACGGGGGAAAUGGCAGUCGACCUCCAUGUUCCCUGCGGGCUGGUUGCUGCUAAAGUGCCGGUGACGCUCACCAGCGAGGAUACUUGGAAGACUGACAUGAGUCGGAUGACCUCGUACGACUCCGUACCAAGUUGGGAGGCGCACUCGAGCAUGUGUACUGACAUCAGCGAACCGUCUCUGCGAUGGCCAGAGCUGGGAGAUCGCUCGAAGGUCUGGUAUGAUGCCGCUUACGGAGGUGCUUUCUAUAUCGUUGUGUCGGCCAAAGAACUGGGUUUCGUGACGGACGUGCUGGAGAGCAUCACUCCGUCCACGCUUGCUGCCCUUAGCAACGCCACGCGGCUGUUCAAAGAAGACUUCAACCGGUAUGAGGAUGCGUUCCCACGCCUGACGAGGCUGCUGCAUCCGGAUUAUCCAGCCAAACAAGAGCUGUACGGCACCAUCGUGACAAGCCCCUGCAACAGACCCUCUGCAGAAGCUGGCCUGCCGCCGAACGCAGACCUAGGACUCUGCUUUUUCGCGAACCAACAGGUCGAUAGAAGUCCCACUGGCUCCGGAGUGCAGGCAAGAGUGGCACUGGCUUUUGGAGCUGGGAAGGUCGGGAUGAACGAGCCGCGAACAUACCAUAGCCCGCUUUCGAUCGCUCACGGUGGAGAGGGAGCGUUUGUCGGUGAAGUUAUUGACACAGAGGAUGUGGGAGGCGGCAUCAAUGCUGUCAAGGUGAAGAUCAGCGGGAAGGCGAGAUACACCGGCUGCUCCAGCUUUGUGAUCGAGAAUGACGACGAGAUUGGGAAGGGCUUUUGGUUCGACGAGUUAGGCCAAACGUCAAAGAAUUGA